UUUAUUACCAAAACAGUCACUGGAAAAUACAACAGAAUCGCACUCUCAACAAGCUCGACAUCUGCACUGCUCGCUGCGAUUUGAAAUCAUCGAUUCAAUGGCCAAUUUUUUGGCUCAAUUUCAAUCCAUCAAAAACUCCUGCGAUCGCAUCAUCGUUGCCGUUGAAGAUGUAAGCGAUUUGUGGCCUCUUGUUAAGAAGAGCUUUGAAGAAAGGUUGCCAUUAAAAGGAGCUGUUUUGAAUAACAAGACACGCAAUCCUGUUUUCCUCCAGAGCCUGCCAGUGGAAUAUAUAUUGACAACAGAUGCAAGAAUACGUAGUCGAUUUCCUCAUGAAUUAUCAUUAUUUUGGUUUAGAGAACCAUAUGCAACCGUGGUUCUGGUUACAUGUGAGGACCUUGAUGAGUUCAAGACAAUACUUAAACCACGCUUGAAAUUAAUAGUUCAGAAUGAUGAGCGUGAGUGGUUUAUUGUAUUCGUAUCCAGAGCCCCUCCUCACAAUGAUCAGGCAACAAAGAUGGCAAAAAAAGUUUAUGCCCGACUUGAAGUUGAUUUCAACUCGAAGAAAAGGGAAAGGUGCUGCAAAUUAGAUCUGCUUGCGCCAGAAGCAAAUUUCUGGGAAGACAUGGAAACCAAAGUCCUGGAGUCCAUUAGAAACACUCUAGAUAGGCGGAUUCAAUUUUAUGAAGACGAGAUCCGCAAGCUUAGCGAACAACGGUUUAUGCCAGUAUGGAACUUCUGCAAUUUUUUUAUUCUAAAGGAAAGUCUGGCUUUUAUGUUUGAGAUGGCUCAUCUGCAUGAAGACUCAUUACGCGAAUAUGACGAGCUAGAACUCUGCUACUUGGAAACAGUUAAUAUGGUAGGGAAACAAAGAGACUUUGGAGGAAUGGACCGUGGAGAUGAUCAGGCUGCGCUCUUAAGUCCAGGCAACAAGCCUUUGACACAGAUUGUUCAAAAUGAUUCAUUUAGAGCGUUUGAGUUCAGGCAGUAUUUAUUUGCCUGUCAAGCAAAGCUCUUAUUCAAACUAAAUCGUCCCUAUGAAGUUGCAUCAAGGGGUUAUGCAUUUAUAAUGAGCUUCUCAAAGGAACUGGUCCUGCAUGAGAAAGUAUUACCAUUUUGUGCACGUGAAGUAUGGAUGAUAACAGCUUGCUUGAGUUUAAUUGACGCCACUGCAUCACGCUAUAGUGAUGUAUCAGUUGCACCUGAUACAGAAAAAGAGUUUCACCGUGUUCAGGGAGAUUUGUAUUCCCUAUGCCGGACUAAGUUUAUGAGGCUUGCAUAUUUAAUUGGUCACGGACCUGAUAUUGAAAGAAGUCCUGCCAACAGUGCGUCACUCAGCAUGCUACCUUGGCCAAAGCCAGCGGUUUGGCCUUCAAUUCCAGCUGAUGCUUCAUCUGAAGUGCUUGAGAAGGAAAAGACGAUUCUUCACGCAACUCCAAAGAUGAAACAUUUUGGAAUUCAAAGAAAAGCACUACCUCUCGAACCCUCACUACUACUGCGUGAAGCCAAUCGUAGGAGGGCUUCCCUUUCUGUUGGAAAUGCUUUGGAAAUGUUUGAUGGGCAAUCUUUUAUGGAUGGCUCAGAUUCAGAACUAAGACGGGCUCCAGCACCUAAAGUAAAUGCAGUUACAAUGUCACGAACUAAUUCUUCUCUUGGAAUCUUUGAAAGCACAAUCGACCGACCAAUGAGACUUUCUGAAAUUCACGUUGCUGCAGAGCAUGCUUUGAAGAAAACAAUAUCAGACCCUGAUUUAUGGAAAUCUCUGUCAUCUUUGGAGGAGUUUGAGAAAAAGUAUCUACAGCUAUCUAAAGGUGCUGCUGAUAAUUAUCAUCACUCAUGGUGGAAACGGCAUGGAGUUGUACUUGAUGGAGAGAUUGCAGCUGUCUGGUAUAAGAAUGGUAAUUAUGAUCUAGCCGCCAAGUCGUAUGAGAAAGUCUGUGCUCUUUAUUCCGGGGAAGGAUGGCAAGAUCUGUUAGCAGAAGUCCUUCCCAAUUUAGCGGACUGUCAGAGAAUACUCAAUGAUCAAGCUGGAUACCUAUCAUCUUGCGUCAGAUUGCUGUCACUAGACAAAGGCUUGUUCUUGCCCAAAGAACGACAAGCUUUUCAAUCAGAAGUUAUUCUUCUUGCACACAGUGAAAUGGAGAACCCUGUACCCCUAGACGUGUCAUCCUUAAUAACAUUUUCUAGCAAUCCUGGGCCACCAAUGGAAAUAUGUGAUGGGGAUCCUGGAACCUUGUGUGUUACUGUAUGGAGUGGUUUUCCAGAUGAUAUAAAUCUUGAAGCACUCAGUCUAACUCUCACGGAUACCCAUAAUGCUGAUGAAGGUGUUAAGGCAAGAAAGAGUUCUGGUGCAACCAUUUUAAAGCCUGGCAAGAAUGCCAUCACCCUUUCCUUACCUCCACAGAAGCCUGGUUCUUAUGUUUUGGGCGUUCUUACAGGUCAUAUUGGCCACUUAAUAUUUAGAUCUCAUAAUUUCUCCAGAGGUGGACCUGCAGAAAGUGAUGAUCUUAUGAGUUAUGAGAAGCCAACAAGACCUAUCUUGAAGGUCCUCGAACCAAGGCCUUUGGUUGACCUUGUUCCUGCUGUUUCUUCUGCUUUGCUAUUAAAUGAAUUUCAGUGGAUGGGAAUAAUUGUAAAACCUAUCAAUUACUCCCUCAAGGGUGCUAUUUUGCACAUUGACCCUGGUCCUGGUCUGGUAAUAGAGGAGACACAUAAUAUUGAAAUGGAAAGGUAUGAUAAUGCAGGUGAAAAUCAACUAAAGAGUACCAGAAGCGAAGAUUCUGCUGGUGAUGUACAUUUUAAGCAGCUCACUCUUCAGAAUAGUAGAUUAGAAUUGCCAGAAUGGGCAAGCAAUAUAACUUCUGUUUUAUGGAUUCCUAUGCGAGCCAUUAGUGAUGAGCUUGUUAGAGCGACAUCAGAAGGGGUGGAUAAUCUGCAGAGACAGAGUCUAGUGGAUGGAUUGAGGACAAUAGCUUUGAAACUUGAUUUCGGAGUAUCGCUCAACCAAACAUUUGAGAGGCACAUAGCAGUUCAUUUCACUGAGCCAUUUCACGUAAGCACAAGGGUCAGCGAUAAAUGUAAUGAUGGCACAUUACUUUUGCAGGUGAUACUACAUUCUCAAGUAAAAGCUACAUAUACCAUCUAUGAUGCUUGGAUGGACCUCCAAGAUGGAUUUGCUCACACUGGACAACGUGAUGGACGACCAGCUUCAGCUUUUUUCCCGCUAGUCAUUUCCCCUACAUCGAAGGCUGGAAUUUUGUUCAGUAUAUGCCUUUCGAAUAUGAAUCCUGAAGAUGAACCCAAGCAGCCUCAGGAAGAUAGUAUUUUGAAUAUAAAAUAUGAAAUUUCUGGUAACAGAAAUGUUGGAGCUCACAGUCCUGUGGCUUUACCUCAUAGUGGAGUUGAGAAUGCUACCGAACACUUGACAUUCAGGUGUGCUGUUGGUUUACAGAGGCCUGUGCUGGACCCUUGCCUUGCAGUUGGUUUUCUUCCUCUUCCUUCAAGUGGUCUCAGAGUUGGACAGCUCGUUGCCAUGAAAUGGAGAGUUGAAAGGCUAAAAUUUUUUGAGGAUAGUGCUCUAUCUGAAAACAAACAGAAUGAAGUAUUAUAUGAAGUCAGCGCGAAUUCUGAGAACUGGAUGAUUGCUGGGAGGAAGAGAGGUUAUGCAGAUCUAUCCAAAGAUGAAGGUUCAAGAAUAGUUGUCUCAGUUUUGUGUGUCCCACUUGUUGCCGGAUAUGUUCGUCCCCCUCAACUGGGUUUGCCAGAUGUGAGUAAGACAACUAUAAGUUGCAAUCCUCCUGGGCCUCACUUGGUCUGUGUCUUGCCUCCGCCUCUGAGCUCUUCCUUCUGUAUACCUGCUUGAAGUAAUAGUUUUCUCGGUGACUCCAGGAUUUUUGAGCUUAGAAGUUUAAAAUGUAGGCAUCUGUUAUAAUUUUUGUAAUUAAAAGAGGGGACAGGAUAUGUUGUAAAAAUAUUGCAUUUGUAGCUGAUUAAAGUGAACGGCUGAUGGUUGUUGUACCAUGGCACCAUCCUUUACCAUUGUAUAAAUGUACUAUGUUGUAGACUCGCCAAUCAGUUGGGGGGUGUAAACUAUAUAAUGAGGCAAAGUAUACAAUAAAUUUCUAUUCUUUUAAAAAA